CCCGGCGCCGCAACUUCACGCCGCCACCUCUCCUGGCGGACUCGGCAGAGAUGGAGCCGCUGGACGAGAUGGACCUGCUGCUGCUGGAAGAGGACGGCGGAGGGGAGGCCGCGCCGCGGGUGGAGCUGCUUCAGAGGAAGGUGGAAGCUUUCUUUCCUAACACAGUUCUGAGCCAAGGAGUGGAUAACCGGUACCUGGUGCUGGCUGUUGAGACCUCGCAGAACGAAAGAGGAGACGAGGAAAAGCGCUUGGUCAUCACCGCGUCCCAGGAACUGGAGAGCGAAGAGCUGUGCAUCCUGAGGAGUGGCUGGUGUUCGGUACCAGUGGAGCCAGGGGACGUCAUUCACUUAGAGGGAGACCGCACAUCUAAGACAUGGGUAAUUGAUGAUGACUCGGGGUAUUUGAUUCUGUACCCAGACAUGCUGAUCUCUGGCACAAGCGUCGCCAGUAGUAUUCGGUGCGUGAGGAGAGCCGUCCUGAGUGAGACCUUCAGGGUUUCUGAUCCAGCCACUCGCCAAAUGCUGACCGGUACGAUUCUCCAUGAAGUCUUUCAAAAAGCCAUAAGUGAGAGCUUUGCCCCAGACAAACUGCAGGAGCUUGCUUUUCAAACUGUCCAAGAAAUACGGCAUUUGAAGGAAAUGUAUCGCUUAAAUGUGAGUCAAGAUGAAAUAAAAUGUGACGUUGAGGAGUAUCUCCCCUCCUUUUCUAAGUGGGCCGAGGACUUCAUGAGUAGGGGCCCUACCUCUCGACUCCCUCAAGUGCAGCUCUCUCUACCAAGUGAUGGUAGCAACAGAGGUUCAUCUUGUAACAUUGAAGUGAUAAAGUCACUGGAUAUUGAAGAAAGCAUCUGGUCCCCUAGGUUUGGACUGAAGGGUAAAAUAGACGUUACAGUUGGUGUCAAAAUACAUCGAGAUUGUAAAACAAAAUAUAAGAUAAUGCCACUGGAGCUUAAAACUGGCAGAGAAUCAAAUUCUAUUGAACACCGAGGUCAGGUGGUCCUGUACACGCUGCUCAGCCAGGAGAGACGAGAAGACCCCGAGGCUGGCUGGCUUCUCUACCUCAAGACCGGGCAGAUGUACCCUGUGCCGGCCAACCAUCUGGACAAAAGAGAACUGCUGAAGCUCAGGAACCAGCUGGCGUUCUCCCUGCUGCACCGAGUGAGCAGAGCUGCUGCUGGGGACGGGGCUCAGCUCUCUGCCUUGCCGCAAAUAAUCGAGGAAGAGAAAACCUGUAAAUAUUGUGCACAGAUGGGCAACUGCGCUCUUUAUAGCAGAGCAGUUGAAGAGCAGGCGGGCGACACGUCCAUCCCAGAAGCCAUGCUGUCCAAGAUCCAAGAAGAAACCAGGCACUUGAAUCUGGCACACUUGAAGUAUUUCAGCCUGUGGUGUCUCAUGUUAACCUUGGAGUCACAAUCGAAAGACAAUAGAAAGACUCACCAGACUAUCUGGUUAAGGCCCGCUCCCGACGUGGAGGAGAGUGGUAACUGCGUUGGAAACCUGGUCAGGACCGAGCCUGUAAAGAGAGUUUGUGAUGGACAAUACUUACAUAAUUUUCAACGGAAAAAUGGUGCUAUGCCAGCCACCAAUCUGAUGGCAGGUGACAGGAUUAUUUUAAGUGGAGAAGAGAGAAAACUGUUUGCUCUGUCUAAAGGCUACGUGAAGAAGAUUAACACAGCAGCAGUAACCUGCUUGCUAGACAGGAACCUGUCGACACUCCCGGAAACAACGUUGUUCAGAUUAGACCGGGAAGAAAAAAAUUGUGAUAUAAGUACGCCACUAGGAAAUCUCUCAAAAUUGAUGGAAAACACGGAUACCAGCAAAAGACUUCGAGAAUUAAUCAUCGAUUUCAGGGAACCUCAGUUUAUAGCCUACCUCAGCUCCGUUCUUCCACACGAUGCGAAGGACACAGUGGCCAACAUUCUAAAGGGUUUGAAUAAGCCUCAGAGGCAAGCAAUGAAGAAAGUUCUUCUUUCAAAAGACUACACACUCAUCGUUGGGAUGCCAGGGACAGGGAAGACCACUACAAUAUGUGCUCUCGUAAGGAUCCUCUCUGCGUGUGGUUUCAGUGUUCUGUUAACCAGCUACACGCACUCUGCUGUUGACAAUAUUCUCUUGAAGUUAGCCAAGUUUAAGAUGGGAUUUUUGCGUUUGGGUCAGUCUCAUAAGGUCCAUCCAGACAUCCAGAGGUUUACAGAGGAGGAGCUGUGCAGAUCAAGGUCGAUUAAGUCCUUAGCCCAUCUAGAGGAACUCUAUAAUAGUCAUCUUAUAGUUGCAACAACUUGUAUGGGAAUAAACCACCCAAUAUUUUCCCGGAAAACCUUUGAUUUUUGUAUUGUGGAUGAAGCCUCUCAAAUCAGUCAGCCCAUUUGCCUGGGCCCCCUUUUCUUUUCUCGGAGAUUUGUGUUGGUGGGGGACCAUCAACAGCUUCCUCCCCUGGUUGUAAACCGGGAAGCAAGAGCGCUGGGUAUGAGCGAGAGCUUGUUCAAGAGGCUGGAGCGGAAGGAGAGCGCCGUGGUGCAGCUGACCGUGCAGUACCGCAUGAACAGUAAGAUCAUGUCCUUAAGCAAUAAGCUGACAUAUGAGGGGAAGCUGGAGUGUGGAUCAGACAGAGUGGCCAACGCGGCGCUAACCCUGCCCAACUUGAAGGAUGUCAAGCUGAGCCUGGAGUUCUAUGCCGAUUAUUCUAAUAACCCCUGGCUGGCAAGAGUGUUUGAGCCAGACAAUCCUGUUUGUUUUCUUAAUACGGAUAAGGUUCCAGCUCCAGAACAAACUGAAAAUGGUGGCGUGAGCAACAUCACAGAAGCCAGACUCAUCGUCUUCCUAACCGCAACCUUUAUUAAGGCUGGCUGCAGCCCCUCCGACAUUGGCAUCAUCGCACCAUACAGGCAGCAGCUAAGGAUCAUCAAUGACUUGCUGGCACGUGCUUCUGUGGGGGCAGUUGAAGUUAACACAGUAGACAAAUACCAAGGAAGGGACAAGAGUCUCAUCCUGGUGUCUUUUGUUAGGAGUAACAAGGACGGGACUCUUGGUGAGCUCCUGAAGGAUUGGCGACGGCUCAACGUGGCAAUAACCAGAGCCAAACACAAACUGAUCCUCCUGGGCAGCAUGUCCUCGCUGCAGCGCUUCCCCCCGCUGGAGAGGCUCUUUGACCAUCUGAGCACCGAGCACUUAAUAUCCUUGUUCAUUCGCGUGGUCACUCGAGGUUUGCUGCUGUGGCUUCCUGUGCUUGAGUGA